AUGAAGAUUGCCGCCCUCAUCACAGUCCUCGCCACCUUGGCUGUUAUCCAGUCGGCUCCGGCCUCCACGUCCAAGCAACUCGAGUCUGUUGAGAAACGUCAUUCAAGCGCUCCCCAUGAAAUCGUCGCCACCAAGCGCCAUGCGGAUGCUGUUCCUGUUGCCAGUGUCGCGAACGCGAUACAUUCUUUCAUGAGGCGUGAUGAUGCGGGAGACGAUGAUGGGGACGACAAUGAGGACGACGGUGAAGACGACGGUGAGGUCGACGGUCAGGACGCCGGUGAGGACAACGAUGAGGACGACAAUGAGGACGACGGUGAGGUCGACGGUCAGGACGCCGGUGAGGACAACGAUGAGGACGACAAUGAGGACGACGGUGAGGACGACGGUGAGGACGACGGUGAGGACGACGGUGAGGACGACGGUGAGGACGACGGUGAGGACGACAAUGAGGACGAGUGA